UUGCCUUCUGCUAGCUCUCUUCCUUCUCUUUCUGCUUCUUGAUUUCAUGCUCCCUUUUUCUACAUCAUCACCAUAUUCCAUUAUUCUUGAUUCUCUUUUUUCUUCGCCAUCCCGAUUCAUAGAAUCUCUUACACUUCUUCCCCCCCAUCCUGAUUUUUUUUUUUUUCCUCUCUCCUUUCAUUCAGGUCUGCCCCACAAUAAUCUUCUCUGUGGCUCAGUCUGGUGCUGCACUGGCUGAGUAUGAUGAUCACCGUUUGCGAGGAUUCUCUGUCCACUCCUAUGAUCCCUCUAUGGCUCUGUGUGUGUCUCUCAUCCAUCAUGCUACUGCCUUCUAUGUGCUAGAAAUCUCUCUUCUCCUGUGCGGUGUUUAACACCCGCUAUAUCCUCUCUGCCAUUUCUAUCCCGUCCUCUACAACGAAUUGCUAUUAUUGUCGUUUUGCUUCGAAUUUAUGCGUCGAUCAAUUGUUGAUGUUGAUCAGUUGUUUUCUUGUGGGCUUCUUCCAUCCAUCCUCUUAGCACCAUCACUCUUUUUAUGCUGUAUUUGUUCUUCUAUCUAUCCCCCUCCUUCUUUUGCUCCCUCCCUCCUUCUCUCUCUCUCUCUCUCGCUCCCUCGCUCUCCCUCGCUUGCUCGCUGUGUGGGUGCCUAUCUGUUGGAGUAAGACAGCUGGGGAGAUCUGGAAAGAUUUCUGUCUGGGUGCCUGUCUCUGGCGCCGCGAGGGACACAGCUCUGCUGGUGACACCGUAAAGGGGGGAGCAGUGGUGACAAGAAGAGCACGGAAAGUGACAGGGACACCGGUUGCUAAGCGGAUGAGCAGAUUCUUAAUGCCAGAGAGAUGAGAGGCACAGACUGAUGAUACAGAGACACUGACAGAAAAAGAACACGGCAAACAAGCACACCCCAAAAUGACAUGCUGGGAUAAUGAGAACAUUGCUUCUACAAGAUACUUAUUGCCUCUAGAGAACAUAUGAUCGAUUCUGGUGGCAGCUGGAGACGGACAGAAACAGAGACGGAUUCAUCUCUUGAAAUCUACAUCCCAGGGCACAGAGGCGGCUGGCACACUUAUAUACACAAUCUCUGUCCUCUGUUCCCUGUCACCCUUUCCGUUCAUUUUAACUUUCUACGGCUUGAUAGAAAAACACUGGGAAACACAAACGAGUAACUGUUGGUCGCUCACGGGGAGCUAGCUGUUUGAUCAGAUACUAUUAUUGAGAAGAGACUUGUUCUCAUAUCCUGUCCCAUAGAACAUGAUGUGCAGAAUUUUGUCCAGGACUGUCAUAAACGGACUGCGCUAAGCUUGGGCACAAAUCUGCAGUUGGAUAUCAUAUCUUCCUCAGGCCCAUCAUUCUUGUUUUUUUUUGCAACAUGUCAUACUGGUGGUUCUUUUUGACACUAGUUCCUUUCUUCUGGUACCUCCCUCCAGGGGCAAAGAGUGAUUGCUGGCUGAUUGAAGGUGACAAGGGUUAUGUCUGGCUAGCCAUCUGUAGCCAGAAUCAACCACCAUAUGAAACCAUACCCCAGCAUAUCAACAGUACAGUUCAUGAUCUUAGGCUUAAUGAAAAUAAGUUGAAAAUUAUUGGCUAUGCUUCCCUCGCUCGCUUUGGAAAUCUAACAGACCUCAAUCUCACAAAAAAUGAGAUCUCAUAUAUUGAGGAUGGAGCCUUUUUGGGACAAUCCAACUUACAAAUCCUGCAGCUUGGGUAUAAUAAAUUGACUAAUUUAUCAGAGGGAAUGUUAAGGGGUAUGCCCAGACUACAGUUCCUUUUUGUGCAGCACAAUUUGAUAGAGGUGGUAACACCAGGAGCUUUUUCAGAGUGUCCAAGCCUUAUAAGCAUUGAUUUAUCCUCUAACCGACUUACAAAGUUAGAUAGCAUUACCUUUGUCAGUAUUCAAGCACUUAUGGCAUGUGAACUGGCAGGAAAUCCUUUUCAUUGCAACUGCGAACUUUAUGGCUUUCUUGGCUGGUUAGUCAUGUUCAACAAUUUUACUCGUAAUUAUGACCGCUUGCAAUGUGAAAGCCCCAGAGAAUUUGCAGGUUACCCACUUCUCAGCCCCAAGCCUCACCAUAGUCGAAAUGCCAUAACUGUCCUUCAAGCGCAGUGCAAGAAUGGAGCCUAUAUACCACGUGAAAGGCCAACCCCUUUCAUACCAAACUCCUUGCCGGAUACAGAUGAAAACUCUGGUUAUAGUCCUGGGGAUCUUCUUUCAUCUGAGCCAACCCCUACUUCUACCACAGAUUCUUCUGGCAUACCCACUAUUGAAAUUCACCAUGUAACAGGAAGUUCAGCUACUCUAAUUGUCACUAUUCCAUCUCCUUUUAAAAAGAUGUACAUUCUGGUACAGUACAACAAUAGUUUUGUAUAUGAUGUUACAACCCUGAAAAACAGGAAAGAGUAUAUAACCUUGGAUAAGCUGAAGGCACAUGUCAACUAUACUUUCUGUGUAGCAUCUAUUCGGAACUCAAAGAGGUACAACCAUACUUGCCUGUUUGUUUUUACUCGGUCCAAGGAUAAGGAAGAAUUUUCUCCCAACACUUCCACCACCACUCACUAUAUUAUGACUAUAUUAGGUUGCCUCUUUGGCAUGGUCAUCAUUUUGGGAGUAGUCUAUUACUGUCUAAGAAAAAAGAGAAGGCAAGAGGAGAAGAAAAAAUCCCUCAAUGUGAAAAAGACUAUUCUUGAAAUGCGUUAUGGUUCAGAUAUUGACCCUUGUAUUGGACCUCAUUCUUCCCAGAAGCUCUCAGAACAUCCUAUUCCAAUCUCCCGUAUAUCUUCACUGCCAACAUCUGUUGGACUUGGAGGUGGAGGGGAGAAAGGAAUGCCUUCCAAGUCAAUGAACUCUCAGAUGGGAACACCAAAAGGUCCAAAGGGGACAAAUUAUAUGGAAGUACGAAGCGCGGAAGGAUUAGACAGAAAUCACAGAGGCAUUUCAGGAGAAGAGGAUGAAGAUGACUUUCGAGAAUUGGACAAUGGUGAAGGCUCAGCAGCUGAAAUAUCCACUAUUGCCAAAGAAGUGGAUAAAGUGAACCAAAUUAUCAAUAACUGUAUUGAUGCCCUAAAACUUGACACGGCUUCUUUUUUAGGGGGGGGGGACCCGGAGCUGGGCUACGAUUGCCAGUCAAUUCCAGCCAGCUCUUCGGGUCAUUUGGAAAGAUUGAGCUUCCUCUCUCCUUCCUACAAGGAAGGUGUUCACCCUCUCCAGCGCCAGCUGAGUGCAGAUGCUGCCACAGUGGCAAAGAAACGCUGCAGCAUUUCGUCUAGUGGCUCCAUUAAGAGUGCCAGAGUUUUUAGCUUGGAUGUCCCUGAGCAGUCUUUAAAGUGUGACUCCAAAUAUAUUGAGAAAAGCAGCCCCCUCAACAGUCCUCUGGACCGCCUUCCUCUUGUGUCCUCCGCAGGAGUUCACCAUUUAGAUGUCAAGCCUUCCUAUCAUUGUAGUGAGCAUCGUCACUCCUUCCCUGCUCUUUAUUAUGAAGAAAGUGCUGAUACAUUAAGCCAGAGAGUGAGCUUUCUGAAACCCCUUUCUCGUACCAAGAGAGACUCUAGCUAUUCCCAGCUGUCACCCAGACACCAUUUCUCUGGAUACUCCUCUAGCCCAGAAUACUCAACUGAAAACACCCACAAGAUAUGGGAGCGCUUCCGUCCUUACAAAAAACACACACGAGAAGAGGUCUACAUAGCAGCUGGACAUGCUUUGCGCAAAAAAGUCCAGUUUGCCAAAGGGGAGGACUUGCAUGACAUUUUGGAUUACUGGAAAGGAGUGUCUGCUCAGCAGAAACUGUAACUGACACCUAAGAGGGUGCUAAAGGCCGGACAGGGCUGUGGACAUGUUGAGAAUUGUGGUGCUGAGGCACUGCAGUUUGCAGUUAAAGUUUACAUUGGAGGUGGGGAUGUACCCUCAUAAAAGGAGGGGAGAAAAUUUGAUUUCUGGGUUCUGCACAGGGAAUUUUCUGGCACAGACCUCCUCCCCUUUUUUUAACACUUUCCCCCCCUUGUCUCCAUACGCUGUAGUGGUGACUUUCCAUUUAUACAUUUUGGUUUUAGAGUUAUUUUUAUGAUUAAUAUUAUUAUGAUAAAAAAACGCCCAUAGCCCAAAAUGUUGCAAGCUGAAUUCAAGCCCUAGCAGGGGAGAAAAUAGCCAUCUCUGAAGUAGUCAGUCAUGUAAAAUAAUAUUCUUAUAUUGUUCUUUCUUCAAUGUUUGUAUGACUUGAAGGCAAUUCUUUGUGACACAAAUUGGCUGUGGAUCUGCAGUUUAAUGAUACCGGGAUUUGUAUUCCAAGAGCUUUGGAGAAAAGGCUGCUCUGCUUACAUUAAGGAUUACAGUGACCUUAAAUGAUACCUCUCAUCAUAAGAAAAAAAUAACUAUUGCUAUUAUAUCAAUACUGCAGGGUGCACUGGUAUGGUAACUAUCAUAGCUAGGAUAAAGAAGGACCAGACUAAUGAUAAUAAACUGUAUUAAAGUGAUAGUAAGAUCUCAAACUGAGAGUUUUCAGGCAUGUUCCAAAUUUCAGAAGAAAUGUAUCUAUUUGAAGUCUGCAUGCUGCUGGGAGAAGGUGUGCUUACAAAGAAUUGGGGGGAGGUGGACGCAUUAGCCUAGAUAGCAACUAGGAAUUGUUGCUAAAAGAAGUGGCUAGCUCAGCAUAGUUUUUGACAUGUUAUUGAAUGUGUAUUAAAGGGGAACUGCAGCUAGGUUAAGUUACAUAAUUUUAGAUUGUGUGCACGUCAUAUAAUGUUUUUUAAGCAACAAAUAAUGACCAGCAGAACAUAGGCUUGUCCACUGUAGGAUCUAGGAUGAAGUUUACCUGCAAUGGUUUACAAUUCUGCACAUCACAGACAAGUUAGUGACACUGAUGGACUACAACAGGUAAAAGGUUAUGUGGGUUUUUCUAUUUUCGUGAGAUGGUGUGCCACAAAAGAAAUGGAUACAUUGAUGUGCUACAAUACCCCACUUUUAAUUACACAAUGGGGUUUAUCUACUAAA